AUGUUUGGUUUUAUCAAGAAGACAGAACAAGGAGCUUUCAAUGGAUGUUCUAAGUAUUAUUCGAAUAAAAUAGUACUUUGGCAGCGUAAAACACUUUUAGUCAUCGUUCCAGUGUUGUUUUGUUUGAAGUUCACUUUGGUGAACUUCUUGUACUGUCUGAGCCUAUCAUAUACGUUCCCAUUUGUUAAGUUGAGCCAGAUAGAUUUAAAUGCUAUCAGUAACCCUUCCAUUUCUCUUGGAAACCAAACAAGACACUCCGAUAUUGCAUUUGUGAACCAUUUAUUAAAUAAAAAUCUACGAGACGACUAUAGCUCUUUUAGACUUGAGAAUGAAACUGAGAUAAUCAUUCAACCAUCCUUAUACUGGAGUCCUUUUUCAAUAUCUUUUAAGCUACAAGAAAGACAAUUUAAUUUCAAGGAAGGAAGAAUACUAGUUCCCGAAACAUCUAUCACCACUAUGUGGACUAAAACCUUAAAGCAAAAACCAUUUCCACUUACCUUCUCAGAUACAAAGGAGUUGGAACUUAGAACAAAAGUUAAAAAUUUUAUUAGACAGCGAAUCUUCACGUCUCUUCAGAAUGAAAAUGCUUUUUCGGACUAUGACGUAGACAAGAUUCUGCAACUUCUUUUGUUCAUAAGGUUUGGUAACUUUGGCAUCCUCUGCGCUACUGUUCUUUUGAGCCUUACAGUGGCACUUUUUGUCCUUUGUGGAUGCCAUACUAUGCUCUCUCUUUAUUUGACGGCCAUAGCUUCCAUCUUUCUUGGGUGUGCUAUGAUCACUUUCACUAUCUGCAAUUUAAUUGUAACUGUACUUAUCGAUUUAAGAUACGCCAAUAGAACGAGCCACCGUUCUAUUUCCAUUUUGCUUUUUCAGCUUAUCAUUUAUUUACUAUUCACUUCCUUACUUGGCAUAGAAUUUAAAAGAAAGGAAGCUGAAAGGAAGGAGAAAAUACUUAUUGCUUCAUUUUCACCUUCGCCAUCCCCAGAUCAAGGGACAGAUAAAUCUAGCAUAUAUUCCAACUUAUCAAGCUUUAACCCUAAGAAAGAUGAUUCACGAUCUGAAAAUCCAAGUCUCGUCAUAAAUAGCUUGGAUCCAAUGAAGAGGGUUGAUGACUCAAAGUUGAUGAUGUACAAAACACAUUUUGAAAGAAUGUGUUCAGAGAAAGAUUGA